AAAUGUACUUCUCGACUCGUCGAUCGACAACAUUCAGUCGUAUUCUGAACUUCGAACGGUAAACACAGCUCUAAUUAUCUUAGAGAACUUUUUUCAAAAAAUAAAUUAUAAGAAACAAACCCGUACGUACUUAUCACCGUGGUGAAGAUACUUUCGCCGGCUAAAAAUACAAAAUAUACUUUUAAUAUUCGGUAAAUUCUGAAGAGCUCUCAUUCGCUUAUCGGACGCCGACUGAUACACACGUCCCGUUUACCGGAAUUUAUAUAAAUAAACAUACAACAUACUUCAGGUGUUGAUACAAAAUAUUUUACGUGAAAUUUUGAAAAAAAAACAAAAUAGUGGAACUAUACCAAUAAAAAAUAAACAACUAGUGAAAUUCUUAAGUGAAAGAAAGAAAAAAACAAAAAGUUUUGUGAAUUAAAAAAAUUAUCAAAUAUUUUUCUAAAUGGUUACUGGAGUUACUGCACCAACUGCAACAAUGACCGCCAACAUAAUCGGAUCUCAACCAACACUCAAGGAUGCUCCAGUCAAAAGUGAUCGUCGGUCAAAUAAACCGAUCAUGGAAAAAAGACGACGUGCAAGGAUUAAUAACUGUUUAAAUGAGUUGAAAACUCUCAUCCUCGACGCUACUAAAAAAGACCCAGCGCGUCAUUCAAAAUUGGAAAAAGCUGACAUCCUCGAAAAGACUGUCAAACAUCUCCAAGAACUGCAACGCCAACAGGCCGCUUUAGCUCAGGCAGCCGACCCCAAAGUGAUAAACAAAUUCAAAGCCGGCUUCACUGAUUGCGCCAAUGAAGUCAGCCGUUUCCCCGGACUCGAUCCAGUUGUCAAACGUCGCCUAUUACAACAUCUAAGCAAUUGCAUUAAUGGUGUCAAAUCAGAAUUACAUCAUCAUCAUCGGCAACAACAACAACAAUCAUCUGUGGUAGUACAACAACCUCCAUCCCACAUGUUGCCAUCACCACCCAGCUCACCCGAACAACAAGAUCAGCCAAUGCAUCAUACCUCACCAAAUCCACCACCACAAAUCAUUCACUCCAUCAAUGGUGGUUACUUCCUGCCAAAUGGCCUCCAAGUUAUUCCAACAAAACUUCCCAAUGGCAGCAUUGCCCUAGUCCUCCCGCAAACAAUGCCACACAACAGCAACAACAACACCAACAACAACAAUCAGCCACCAAUGCUCGUGCCAAUUCCAUCGCGUACAGCAUCAACUGGAUCAGCUUCGUCGCAUACGUCAUCCAGCUAUGAGCGCACACUCUCGCCACCCACCAACAUUCAUUAUGCGCCACCAAGUCCGGCGAAUUCAUAUGAAGCAAUGGAUUGUAAGCCAUCUGUCAUUCAUCAUGGUAAUUCUGCUGCUGCUGCUGCUGCACACGCUGCUGCUGCCCACCACCAACAAAUGCAACAACAAAUGUAUCAUCAUCAACAACAACAACAACAACAACAACAUGCCGCCCAACAUCAACAUUACAAUCCUGAAGCGGCCCCUCUAUCGUUGGUUGUGAAAAAAAUCAAACAAGAAGAAGAACAACCAUGGAGACCGUGGUGAAUAUUUUUCUCGUAUUGUGUGAAGUUGUCACAAGAGGUCAGGCAUAUUCAAAAAACAAAAUGCACAAAACCAAAUAAGGUGGAUACAAAAAAUAAUGAUGCACAAAACAAAAAAUACAAACAGACACACACAAAACAUACAAAACACUAAUACACUUAUAAGACUGAAACCGAAGAGUCAUGCAACUCAUUUGAAUAACCAAAUUGAGUUGGUGGCGUAUCAAAUAAGGAGCUUGAUUGGCAUUCGCGCUCAGUGGUGUUUUUUUGGAAGCAUUAUACAAAAUUAGAAGAAAGAUAAGAAAUCGUGGUGAAGCCGGAUGUUGAUGCUGCUGAUACAUACCUAAAUUACUCUCGGGUGAGAGUUAUUUUUUCAACUUGGAGCUGAAAAGAAGAAGAAAAAAAAAACAACUCAAUCAAAUUUUUCUUGUGAAAAACCGCAGUAUACCUCUUCUGUGCGCGCUUAAUUAGAUUUUAAAGAAUUAGUAGAAGUUUAAAAAAAAAAAAACAAAAAUAUGUAAAAUUUUCUGACGUUUUCUUCGAACAAAAUGUUUAUAUCAUGAAAAAUUUCAUUCUCAUUCUCACUCAUUCUCAUUCAUCAAUCUUCCUUAUAUUUUCGAGUGAAAAUUAACAAAAAAAAAAACUCAAAAGAAAAUAUAAA